AUAAACUUAUUUCUAAUAAAAAAUCCACUUAUGCAAUGGAUGUUGAUUUGAAUGAGGUCAAAAUAGGCGAGUUAUCCAAUGGUGAAAUAAUCCAAAUUAGUCAAGACUCAAUAACAAUAUCACUUCAACCAUCACAAAUUCGAGCAAGCUUAAGAAAUGGUCAUUUAUCAGAUCAUUUGACACCUUCACAUCUUUCUAAUAUGAUUAAAUGUUUAAAAAAAGGAGAUGUUUUGAAUGAUCUUCUAAUUAUUUCUAAAAAUGAGGAAAAAAGGUUUGUAACUGUUAGUCACAAACCUUUAUUAAUUGAAGCAGCAAAAAAGAGUCAGUUACCUUCUUCUAUUGAAGAACUAUUAAUUGGUAAUGUUUAUCCAGGGUAUGUCAAGAGUAUUACUGAUUAUGCUGUGUUUGUUGGAUUUCUUGGAAGUUUAAGUGCCAAAGCUAUGAGACAUGUAUGCAAAUAA